ACGCGUGUUUAUUUAUACGGUAUCGAACGCGACGAGAAUCGAACGAACAAAAUUCAAAAUAAACACCGUGCGAAGCGGCAGUCGAUAUCUGUGCGCGAUUCGAAAAGGAACGUUCAUCGAUUCGUUCCACGAAAUUUGUUUAAAAAUUAGUUGAUUUUCGAUUCGACACAUCAUGGCGACCAGAGCCGUCGCUGUGGGGGCGGCAUCAGGAGCAGCGGGGAUAUCUGGUGAGGCAGGUUUAGCCGGUGUACCUAGACUUCUGGAGGACUUGGCUCGACUUUCCGAAGACAAAGAUACAGCUGACAUUGUCUUUUUGCUAGGAAGGGAUGAGACACCGGUUUACGCUCACAGAAUUAUCCUUCAAGCUAGGUGCAAGAACUUUACAGCCGCGAAGAGGAUCGGGACACCGGGAAAUCCAACCCCAAUGCGUAUGCCGCACGCUCAUCCAGAGACUUUUCGACAAUUUAUUCAUUACGUGUACACAGGCAAGAUCAUGCUACAGGAUAAUGGUAUAUUCGAAAUGCUGGGUCUCGCACAAGAAUUGGGAGUCGAAGAACUUUGGAGAAGUUGCGAGGAACACGUCUCCGCCACUCUAAGCCCAGGAAACGCGUGUGCCCUUCUGACUGCGGCGUUAGAUGCCCAAGAACGAGUUCCUAGACGACGCCAUAUUUUUCGGCGUUUGGCUAUUACAAAGCACGGGUGUAUUAAACGUUGCUUGUUAAUUUUUGAAAUUAUCACAAAAAUGUCGUACAAAGGACCUCAAAAAGUUCAAAAAGUGAUGGUACAACCCAUCAAUCUUAUAUUUCGAUACUUGCAAAACCGUUCGCGCGUGCAAGUUUGGUUAUUCGAGAACAUCAACCUACGAAUCGAGGGUCACAUCGUUGGAUUUGACGAAUAUAUGAAUUUAGUACUGGACGAUGCGGAGGAAUAUCAUUUGAAGACAAAGAACAGAAAACCACUCGGACGAAUCAUGUUAAAAGGCGACAAUAUAACGUUAAUACAAAAUACGAAUCCAGGAGCGAAUUAAGUUACUCAUAACCUUGGAAGAUGAACAAAAAAGCGCAUUGUUUUAUACUUUGUGCUAUUGAGCAUGUAAACUACAUGUUAAAAGUGACUUAAAAACAUUUAAUAAGGACAAAGUUAAUAUCUUUCAAGUUCCCAUAUUUGUGAUACAUAAUUCAAUGUAAUUAGAAUGAACAAUGGUAAAUUGACAUGUACAAAUUAUAAUUUUUUUUUAUUGAGAAACGUAUUUGUUAUUACAAUCUUAUAAUACUAAUUUCCAUGGAAUUUAGAAUAUGUUUCAAUCUUUUAAUCUUCAAUUAUUUUUAUUAAAUGAAAAACUGUGUAAUGUGUAUUCCAUAUAUUUAAAAUUGUACCCAAUUUAGUAUUCAAACAAAUUCCAGGUGUAAAUAUUGUGAUUGAGCAAUUGCUGUAAUAGAUAAUGAUCUAGAUAGACAUUUAAUAAAUAUUUUUGAAUCAAA